AUGUUAGAUGAACUAUAUAAAGCAAAAGAUGAAGUCAUUGAAUCCAAAGACAAAAGCAUACAGAAAAGAAUACCGCGUUCAGUACCAAAAGGAAAGGAAAAGAGUUAUAGGUAUAUGAUAUAUACUGAAGAAUUGGAGAAAGAAGAAGAUAAAGAUAUGGUUAUGUUGCAUUUAGUCAGAAGAAACAACAAGAGCUUUUAUGACUUAGCUAAAAUAUAUAAAUCUGACAGAAACUGGUUCUAUCGUGAAAACUUACCGAUUUCAAUGACACCGAAUGAGCAAAUAAAGGAAAUUGUCAAAAAUACUCUUCCUCAAACACACUAUGACAUCAAAGGUUGCACAAUACUUACAUUCAAAGAAGACUUAACAUUACUGAAGGAAAAAAUAACAGAAUAUUUCGAUAACUUCAAAGAGGAAGAAUGA